UCGGAGCAAGCCCUGCUGCACCGAGGAGACGCGUCCCCCUCCCCUCCCUGCCCCCUUCCCCAAACUCUCCCUGCUCUUUCCUCACUCACUCCUCUCCCCCCUCCCAGACGAACCUUCCCCUGCCUGGACCAGCCCCGAUCCCUCCCCACCUCUUCAGAGCCCGGGUGCCUGUCACUCCAUCCGUCCAGCCAUCCAUCUGCGGGACAGGGCAAGAGCUGCUGGGCCAGCCGCACCACAAACUUCCUAACGCCACCAAAUGUGCCUCCGAGUUGCUCUGCCCAGGGGACCGGCUCCAAGGGUCUUCCCACAUCGUCUCUGCCGCUGAACCCAGAGCCCUCUGCCCCCACUGGCCUCCCCGAUCUGCCGCUGCCUGCUCCUCCAACGGCCCGUGCCAUCCGGUCGUGCUGUGGACUGUAGGUUUUGGCUCCGCACAGCGCUCAGCAUGCCCUAUUCUGGUGAAACCAGGCUUCCCAAGGAAUCGCUCUGGAACUUGAGGCCAGCCUGCAGGGAAAUGGAGUCGAAGGUCUCUGAAGGCGGCCUGAACGUUACCCUCACCAUCCGGCUGCUGAUGCAUGGCAAGGAAGUCGGGAGCAUCAUUGGAAAGAAAGGAGAGACUGUGAAAAAGAUGCGUGAGGAGAGUGGAGCAAGAAUCAACAUCUCCGAGGGGAACUGCCCAGAGCGAAUUGUGACGAUCACAGGCCCCACUGACGCCAUCUUCAAGGCUUUCGCCAUGAUCGCUUACAAAUUUGAGGAGGACAUAACCAACUCAAUGAGCAACAGCACUGCUACCAGUAAACCUCCAGUGACUCUGAGACUGGUCGUGCCAGCUAGCCAGUGUGGCUCACUGAUUGGCAAAGGAGGCUCCAAGAUCAAGGAAAUCAGGGAGUCCACAGGUGCUCAGGUUCAAGUGGCGGGGGACAUGCUGCCCAACUCCACAGAGCGGGCGGUGACAAUCUCGGGGACACCCGACGCAAUUAUCCAGUGUGUCAAACAGAUCUGUGUGGUGAUGCUGGAGGCCUAUACAAUUCAGGGACAAUACGCUAUUCCACACCCGGAUCAGUUGACCAAGCUCCACCAGUUGGCUAUGCAGCAAACCCCCUUUACUCCCCUUGGACAGACCACCCCCGCUUUCCCUGGAGAAAAGCUGCCCUUACAUUCCUCCGAAGAAGCUCAAAAUCUGAUGGGCCAGUCAUCAGGUUUGGAUGCCAGUCCCCCGGCCAGUACUCAUGAACUCACCAUUCCCAAUGAUCUAAUAGGCUGCAUAAUUGGACGCCAAGGGACCAAAAUCAAUGAAAUUCGACAGAUGUCUGGAGCGCAGAUCAAAAUCGCCAAUGCCACGGAAGGAUCAUCCGAACGCCAAAUCACCAUCACAGGAACCCCUGCAAACAUCAGCCUCGCUCAAUACCUCAUCAACGCCAGGCUGACGUCUGAGGUCACUGGAAUGGGCGCACUCUAAUUUCCACCCACCAUCCUUCAUUCUGCAUCACCCGACCCUCUCAAGCCAAUGACACUCCACCCAGCUUGUACAAUCUGUAUAUUUACCGUCUUCCCUUUAUCUCCAUAGAUACUCUUUUCUUUACUAACAAAUAUAUAUAUAUAUAUAAAUACACACAUAUGCACACACUGAAACAUUUCUUUAUGAGCUCCAUACUGUGCUCCUGGUACUGCUCCUGAACUCUUUAGUUAUGGUCCUUGUUUUCAGUGCAUGGUGUUAUUACUUCAUCUGCUUUUUUGGGGGGUGGGAGGGGGGUUUUCACUGGUGAGACUCCAGGAGAUGAUGAGUCUCUAGUGUCAGUCUAGCUUAGCUAUUUAAACGUUUGAGUUGACAUUGACGGUAUUUACUGUAGCCUAUGGAACUGUGAUGCCAUCCAGAGCUGUGCUUGCUUUGAAGUACUUAUUUUUCUCACAGUUAUUCCUUUGAUGCUCCUGUUUUGUUCAUUUUGCUUGUCCUGGCUCACCUUUGUGACCUUGAAUCCUUGCCCUGAGAUUAAGGCAUAGUUUUUACCUCUUGUUAUUUUGGAAGCAGAAUAUGCAGGAGCCAAGUCUACGCGCAUGCAUUAGUUCACAUACACUCUAUUCCCUUUGCAACAUGGCAGGGUCCAGACAAGCUAUUUUUCUUACUAAAGGAAAGGAAUAAUAAUCAUAAAAAAGUCCUCUUUUUUAACUAACAAGCAACUGAAAGUAGGAGGAGUUCAGUUAUACAGGAUUGAAACCCCCAGGGGCCUUUGAAAGCACUCAUGACAAUCCCCACAAGCAACUUUUGGAUGAUAGCUCAGGAAGCUCUGUGAGCCGGCUGUGUUUGUCAAUGUUUGUAUUCAAUAAAUGUCUGUGCAGCUCUGCUA